UUUUGUGGUAUCGUGCACGAGGAUCGUAAAGUGGAGGAUCCUAUGCUUGUAGAAGUGGGUGGAGAGGAUGGCGAUGGGUGUUCUCCAGACGCGGGUGGACAGCAUGAUGGCGUGCUGGAUAUGCUUUCAGGGCAGCCCGUGGUCACAAAAGUGCUAGAGCCAUCUGAGGAUCUAAAGAACACGCACACAUAUAACGAGAAAAAGGUAUCCAAGAGCCCGAAGAGGUACUACACCUAAAAAUCCCUGCAUCACCGGAUGCGUGCCCAAAAGCUGAACUGCACGUCCGUCCCACCGUUCGACUACAGUAGCAUCACCCCCUCCCUGUCCCACUCUAUACCAAAACGGAAGAUUGCCGAGUACAGCACACUGCUGUCUGAAGUGCUGUCUG